CCCCCCUGCAUGCAACUUUACACAACCUUGUGUGUACAAGAGCAAAUAUCGAUGUGCUAAUUGCAUUACAUACCUAGGCACCUCCAUUUUGCAAUCGUCAUUCUUCUAAGCAUCCUUCGAUUAGCUAGAGGUUAUAAUUAUUGCCGAUUGCUUAGCUAGUCAUGGAUGACUUGCCGUCGUCUCCCGACCCGCUUGGGGACGAACCUCCUAGCUCGGCGCAUUCUACGCGACGAACCGGGGGAAGUAACUUCACAAACCACGACCUAUCCGCGAUAUCCAUCCCUCGAUCUCAGAUACGGAGGUCAUCUCCCGCGAAACACUCCCCUAGGAAACGGACUUUUGAACUCGACGUUGGCGAUAGACUCUCACCGCAAAAGAUCCUCGUCACCGUUGAAGCAGAAGAGGCCAUGAAGCGGGGUAUCAACCGAAAACUAUUCCAAUCAUCCUCUCCGACCCGAAGCGAUUACCGUAGACAGGCUAUUACCACUACUACUGUACCUCUCAAUGACGAGAUAGUGAACGACUCUACACCGCGACGACGUGGCCGGCCGCGGCGGACGAGCAAUGGCACACCAUUGCCGAAAGGGAGGAAGAGGGCCGGAACACCUAUUGAGCAGGCUUCUAAGCGGACGCGACAAAAAGGCGACCCAGAAUCUGAAAUCAGUAUAAUGAAUGAUGAUACGCCAAAGGCGACAGAUGCAGGAUCUACCCCGAAGCCAAAAGGGAGAGUCCGGAAGACACCUAGGAAUGUUUCCGAGAACCAGAUCGUGCCAUCGUCACAACUCUCUAAUGCGACAAAAAGGAGGCGAGGACGACCACGAAAAGCGCUAAUGCCAGAAGAUGUUGCUGAGUUGGCAGAAAUGGGUGAUCAGUCGACUGGCAAUGUGGCGAAUAAUAGUAUGGUUCAGCCAUCACAAGAAAACUCGAAAAUGGACAUAAGUAGGAAUGAAAGAAGUCGGCGAGACAUGACUAUGGAUGACACAUUGACUCUCAUCGAUGAAAUAGCGAGAGCUAGCGAUGAUGGAACGCCUACGCCAGCGGAUAGAUCAAACUCGCGCAUGUCAGGAAACAUACGACAAGAUAUAGGAUCGCCAAGAACGUCACAUCAAGAAGAAGAGUUAUAUGAUGAAGACCUACCUAUAUCAGAUGCUUAUCCGCCAUUGAUGGAGCAGCACAGCGAUGUUGGGUCGGAGUUUGAUGAUAACCACGAUGAACCCUACAGUGGACAAGACACACUUGCACAUGCAUCCGAUUUCAGCAUGAUAGCCGUGGAAUCGCUCCCAUCCUUCCAAGCGAAUAGAAGCGCAUUCCCGACCGAUCCCCCGGAUAUGGGUUCCGAGACUAAUAUGAUAAUAAACGAAACUCUCGAAUCGUUACGAAAUAGUAUUCAGGCGAACGCAGCCCAGCAAUCACCGGAACGAUCGAACGGUGAUCACUUCACGGCAGAAGAAGACCAAACAAUUAUGCCAAAUGGCUCAUUGGCAGAUGUUAGUGAACACAAUUUGAUGGGACGACCAAGGAGUCCAAGGAGGCAGAAGAGCAUGCCACUAAAUCGUCAAGUCCUCACUGGCAAGACAGCUCACACGGACGACUCCUUUUCAAGCAUUCCUGAUAGUAUUCUCAAAGCUGCAACGCCGGCGCGUCUGCCUAUGAAGCCGAUAUCCGCCAACCACCAGCACGAUGAUACCGGCGGGUACGACGAUUCCUUUUCUGAAGUACCAGAAGCAAUCCUUGAAGCCGCCACACCAAAACCGGCAACUCGUACAGUAGCGCCUGUUGAGGGAAGUUAUCUUGAGACUCGUCAACCCGGUUCUGUGAAUAGAAGUACGGGAUCGGAUUUUGGGCCGACCAGACUUCCCACUCCAGAUGAUACGUCGUCUUCGAAUGCUGGUUCUAAGAGGGCGCCAGAGGAUGAGAUUGGCGAAUCCUCGAGAGCCCCAACCCUUACCGUUCCUAAUCCUAAUAUAGAUAUUCAUUCCUCACCUCCUAUUAUGAAUCGACCACGUUCGAUAGAUUUUGGGCCGCCUCAAUCAGAUCGAGAGAUUACCAAUACACCGGAACCACAUCAUUCUUCUCCUCAGCUACCGCCCUCUGCAAAAGAAGUAACCGAGCCUCCUAAAUCGCUGGAACCUCCUCCUAUCAUUGGAAGAACCCUUCAAAAUGUGAUGUCGGAUAGGUCAUCCCCCGAAGUUCGUGAAGGCAGUCUAGGAAGUCCCUUCAGGGGGUCCAGCAACAAUGAAUCACCAAAUCGAACUAAUCACGAUAUAUCGGCUUCAUUCAACGCUCGGGCUUCGUCUAAUUAUCCAUCCGGUCACCCACUUGCGCAAGGCGGAAUUGUUAAUAAUAUGUCGGAUCCGUUUGUAUCAGAUAGAAACGAUCAUUCACAAACCAAUACAUUGAGGGAAGGUGCAUUCAAUACUAAUGAGCGAGUAUCACAACAUAACCAUUCUUUGUUGCAUCCAUCGAUGGGCGGCUCAACCAAAGCAAUGCCCCCUACCAGUUACAAGACGAGCUGGGCCGCAGAUGAUGAUGAUAACCAGCAAGAGGAAACGAGCCGUUAUCCAGACUCACGGACAUUAAGCUCUCACAAUUCAGGUGUUUUUGCUACACAUAACUCGAAUGUGGAUCAAACAUUGGCCGAGAAUAUUGAUGCCGAUGAGCCCGAGGCAGGAAUGGAGCAGGAACAAGGACAAGAGGAAGAAAACAAUGACGACGCAACAGGUUAUGAGGCAGAAAAUACUGAUCUCUGGGACUUCGAGGCUUCAAGGCCAACCCCCAGGAGACCAGAUUCAAAACGACGUGCGUCACAACUAUUUGAUCCGCCUCCUCGACGGAGCAAGAUCCUGAGUCCUUGGAGGAGAUCAACAAGACGUCUCAUCUACAGGGAGGAGAUUGCGAGUCCUUCUCAAAUAGAGAUUGAGGAGAACCCACAGAGCGAGACGGAAGACCCCCCAGUAGCACGUCCUAAGCCACCACGGCCUUCAAAUGCUCAUUCGAUACUACUAGAAAUGGCACCUUCUCCAGAUCCCGAUCCUGCUGAAGUCAACGAGCAUGAGUUCCAUUCACCUUCACCUUCACCUUCACCUGAACAACAAGAUCCACUGUUUGAAUAUGAAUUUGAGGAACAAGAACAGCAGCAAGCAUAUGAGCAUGAGCAUGAGCAGGACCAGGAGCUAGAGCAUGAACAUGAGAAUAGGCAUGAAGAGGAACAGGAACAGGAACAGCCAGAAAAACAGUCAGCAAAACAGCUAACCGAGCCCAUAGAUGCGUCUGAGUAUUCGAUGAUAGCGCAGCCAGAGAAUGUGCCAUCUACCCAAAAGAAACCUACACCUGCCAAGUCUGGUUUGUUUGGUGGAUUUAAUAUCUUAUCUUUCUUUUCGUCGCCGGCUACACUGCCCACAAAGGCUCCCGAAGCAGGACAAGAGAGCACAACUCGAAAUACCGGAAAUGUCUCGCAGCCCAGCCUCCAGAGAGCUGCGACUAGGGAAAUGGAACAGGUUCCUAAAGAACCACCAAAAUCCAUCUGGUCUACGGGACUAUUUCCGUCGAUUCCACAAAAGGAUUUUCAACCAAGCCCAGAGCGGCGCACUGAUUUAUUCUCGCCAGCACCGCCCUCGCAAGCAAAAUCAAACAAUACCGUUCAGGAUACCUACGAAUCUCCCUCGCCUGCACCGUCUCCCUCGUCCGGGGCGUCGCUUUCACCAGCGCCAUCACCUUCCCCUGAACCUGCCUCCCCAGAGCCGCUAGAACAAUCACCUGAGCCAACACCUGAACCAGCGUCCGAUAUAUCGCAUGAACCAUCGCCUGAGAUGACUCCUGAGCCAUCGCCUGAGAGGUCGCCUGAAGUGUCGCCCCAUCCCUCGACCCCUGAUCAACGGACGUACCCACCAAUCGCACAGAAGCAAAACUUCACUCCACGUCCAGGGUCUAGUCAGUCUCUUUUCAGGACCGGCCCUUCUACCAACCAAAACAAGAAUCAUGACGAUGACCUUCCAUCGAGCGACGAGGACGAGCUACAGGAGACCUCUUUCCUUACGGAUGGAACAGAGUACGAGCGCGUGCCGCCUAGGGAAAAGCCGUCUCGAUGGGAUAGGACUCUUUCACCAUCCAAAUCCUGCUUCCGUUCCCCCCUAAAGCCAACCACCCCCGGGCGUGUCGUAGCUUUCAAGCCUAGCGUGCCAUCUCAGCCGGAGGCCUUCAUUGAAAGGCAAAUGAAUGGUAGUAACAAAAGCAAUAGGCCCUUACUCCAGGGCCCGCCUCUCAUUCAGCCCGCCCCCGCACCUGUCGCUGUACCUAUUCCUGCAGCUACUGAGAGCCAGCAGGCAAAUCAGUCUUCCUCCCGUGUCUUUACUCGAAGUAAUACCGCACCUAUCGCUCCCGCAACUAAUAUGAAUCCUUCUUAUCCAUCCCUACCCACCUCAUCCGUAUAUAAGAACAAUGCCUUAAGUCCGGCUAAGAAUCCAGCCAUGUCAAGCCUAUCUCAAACAGAAUGGACACGCAACCACUGGCUCCGCCUCGACGAAAUGCUACACCUUCGCCGUCGCGAUCCCCUCGCGUUCCAACAGCGUAUCCCCCUACCCCCCCGCACCCACCGCAAAUCCUUCGCCACGCUCCUCGGGAAAGAGAUCAGAGCCCAAGGCGAGUGCGUGCCUCUCGAACCAUGGCACCUCGAGGUCGUUGAAGCAUUCAAGCUCGAGGUCGGCGGCUGGGAUGAAAGAUCCCUUGCGAAAAGGGUGUUCGCGCUUAUAGUUGGCGAGCAGAGGAGGCGGAAGGCUAGGGAGAUGAGGAUGGGGACGGGGAUGGGGGUUGGUGCUGCUUAA